AUGAUCAAACAUGAGCUGCCCCUGCGUAGAUUCUUCCAUGAACUAGCAACAAGAAAUAAAGCUCCCAUUUUACCCCCAAAGAAGAUUGAAAAUUACCGCAACUAUCUUACCGUACUCUCCUCAUGCAAAGCUUUAAACUCUCUCCUUCAAAUCCAUGCCCGUUUAAUAGUGUCAGGUCUUCAGAAAGACAACUCAACAAAUACCAGUCUCAUAAAUUCUUACCUUUUGUUUAAAGAAUGUGACUUCGCUCGCUUUCUGUUUGAUUCUUUGCCAAACCCAAAUGUCAGAUUAUACAAUUCUACAAUAAGAGGUUACACUAGAACAAAAAAUCAUCAAGAAGCUAUAAAUAUGUACCAUUGUAUGUUAAAUAAAGGCUUAGAGCCAGACAAGUAUACUUUCACCUUUGUUUUGAAAGCCUGUACAGGUGCAUUAGACUUUAAAGAGGGAAUUUUGGUUCAUAAAGAUAUAAUUCUCAGAGGGCUAGAGAGUGAUGUUUUUAUAGGGACCAGUCUUGUGGAUAUGUAUUGUAAAAUAGGUGAUUUAAAGUUAGCUAGAGAAGUGUUUGAUAAUAUGCCUGACAAAGAUGUCGUAGCUUGGAGUGCAAUGAUUUUGGGUUUGGCACAGAGUGAGGAUCCUAAUGAGGCAUUUGGGUUUAUUAGGAGCAUGCAAUUGAGUGGAGUGGAGCUCAAUUUAGUCAGCAUUUUGAACUUGGUUCCUGCUGUCUCGAGAUUGGGUGAUAUUGAUGCCUGUAGGUGUAUUCAUGGUUAUGUGAUUAGAAGGGGUUUUGAUGCAAUUGUUUCGAAUGGAUUGAUUGAUAUGUAUGUUAAGUGUGGGAAUGUAGAUGUUGCUUGCCAGAUUUUUGAGUGUAUGGCAGACAAGGAUGAUGUUUCAUGGGGAACGAUGAUGGCAGGGUAUGCACAUAAUGGAUAUUUUCUUGAGGUUUUGGAGUUGUUUGAUUGGGGGGAAGGAGAGAAUGUUAGGUUGAAUAAGGUAUCAAUUAUAAGUGCUCUUAUGGCUGCUGCGGAGAUGAGAGACUUAGAGAGAGGGAAGGAGGUCCAUGAUGUUGCUAGACAACAAGGGAUUGACUCAGAUGUUUCAGUUGCCACUCCUGUAAUGACUAUGUAUGCAAAAUGUGGAGAGGUAGACAAGGCUAAGCAGUUGUUUCAGGGAAUUAAAAGAAGGGAUUUGGUUGCCUGGUCAGCAAUUAUAGCCGCUUUUGUUCAUUCAGGGUAUCCUCAAGAAGCACUGUCAGUAUUUCGAAGUAUGCAGAAUGAAUGUUUGCAAGCGAACAAGGUCAUUCUCCUGAGUUCACUUUCAGCUUGUGCAGAAGCAUCAUCCCUGAAAUUGGGGAAAAGCAUGCACUGUCGUGCUGUUAAGGCCAAUACUGAUUUAGAUAUUUCAGUUGGAACGGCUCUGGUGUCGAUGUAUGCUAAAUGUGGAUUCUUUGCUUUGGCACUGACUAUAUUUAACAGAAUGCCAUGUAAAGAUGUUGUGACUUGGAAUGCGAUGAUAAAUGGGUACACCCAAGUUGGCGAACCUUAUCCUGCAAUGCAGAUGUUCCAUAAAUUACAGUUAUCUGAAAUACGCCCAGACUCAGGAACUAUGGUGGGUUUACUUCCAGCAUUUGCUCUUUUAAAUGAUCUGGACCAAGGAUCCUGCAUCCAUGGGAAAAUUAUAAAGUGUGGUUUUGAAUCUGAAUACCACGUAAAGAUUGCUCUAAUUGACAUGUAUGCUAAAUGUGGAAGCGUGUGCAGUGCUGAGUUCUUGUUUGAUAGAACUUUGUGUAGAAAGGAUGAGGUAUCUUGGAAUGUGAUGAUUGCAGGGUACAUGCACAGUGGACAUGCCCAGGAAGCUAUUUCUGUUUUUUGCAAGAUGAUAUUCGAGAGUGCUCGUCCUAAUUUAGUCACAAUUGUGUGUCUUCUUCCUGCAGUAGCGCAUCUGUCAGACUUAAAGGCAGGCAUGACUCUCCAUGCUUAUAUUAUCCAAACGGGAUUUCAGUCCAAAACACCUGUUGGGAAUUCUCUUAUCGAUAUGUAUUCUAAAUGUGGGUGGCUUGAUCUCUCGGAGAAGAUAUUCAAUGAGAUGAAGAAUAAAGACAUUGUCUCGUGGAAUGUUAUGCUUGCGGGAUAUGCAGUUCAUGGGCAAGGGAACAGUGCUAUUGAACUUUUCUCUCGCAUGCAGGACAGUCAAAUCAGGCUUGAUUCUUUGUCCUUUAUCAAUGUGUUGUCUGCUUGCAGACAUGCAGGUUUAGUUGAAGAAGGGAGGAAAAUAUUUGAUUCCAUGAGCAAAAGGCACCAGCUUGAACCAGAUUUGGAACACUAUGCUUCCAUGGUGGAUCUUUUAGGUCGUGCUGGAUUAUUUGAUGAAGUUUUGGAUUUAAUCAAGGCAAUGCCAAUGGAACCUGAUCCUGGAGUGUGGGGAGCCUUAUUGGGGGCAUGUACAAUGCAUUCAAAUGUGCAGUUAGCAGAAUUUGCUCUGGAUCAUCUUAAAAAACUUGAGCCUAAAAAUCUGACACAUUAUGCAGCUUUAUCAAAUACAUAUGCUAAAUCUGGAAGGUGGGCAGAUGCAGGCCAUGUAAGAUCAAUGAUAAUUGAGACAGGGUUAAGGAAAAGUCCAGGAUGUAGUUGGAUUUGA